AUGGUGAAGGAAACUGAGUUUUAUGACAUCUUGGGAGUCAAGCCUGAAACAUCUGCAUCUGAAAUUAAAAAGGCUUACUACGUCAAAGCAAGGAUUGUUCACCCUGAUAAAAAUCCUGGGGACCCGAAAGCAGCCCAUAAUUUCCAGGUGCUUGGAGAGGCUUACCAGGUUCUAAGUGAUCCUGAGAAGCGUGAAGCAUAUGACGAAAGAGGAAAAGAAGGAGUAAAGCAGGAGGUAAUGGUGGAUCCUGCAGCUGUUUUCGGUAUGGUAUUUGGUAGUGAUAUGUUUGAGGAUUAUAUAGGGGAGCUGUAUAUGGCUUCAAUACAGACUGUAGAGCUUGAAGAGGAGUCGAAGAUUCCAGAAGUUCGCAGAGCCAAAAUCCAGGCAAGGAUGAAGGAAUUACAAAAAGAGAGGGAAACUAAGCUCAUAGCAAUUUUGAAUGAUCGCCUUCGACCAUUUGUUGAAGGCCAAACAGAGGAGUUUGUAACCUGGGCGACGUCAGAAGCUAAACGUCUUUCACCAGCAACUUUUGGCGAGGCUAUGUUACAUACCAUUGGCUACAUCUACACAAGACAGGCUGCAAGAGAACUGGGAAGGGAUAGAAGGUAUAUGAACGCCCCGUUUAUAGCAGAAUGGGUGAGAGAUAAAGGACACCAGGUUAAAUCACAAGUUGCAGCUGCUUCAGGUGCCGUUCAUUUAAUUAAUACGGUUGUGGAAUUGAAAAGGUUGAACGAAUCAAAAGCCAAUGAAGAAGAGAUAAUCAAAGCUAUAGAGAAUAGAAAGGAUGCAAUGCUCAAUUCCUUGUGGCAACUAAAUGUUGUAGAUAUUGAAACAACCUUAUCCCAUGUCUGUCAAGCGGUUCUAAGAGAUUCUAGCGUUUCAAAAGAUAUACUCAAGCAGCGGGCUAGAGCAAUGAAGAAGCUUGGAACCAUAUUUCAAGGAGCAAAGUCGAACUACCACAGAGAUAACAGUUUGCGUGUGGCCAAUCCGGCUGCGUCAUCUUCUUCAUCCAAAUAG